AUGAUUGCAAUUGGAUUAAGUGAGGAUUUUUUGAAAUAUGUCGUGGUGGUUUGCGGCCUAUUCUCGCGCAUCACGUUCGCGCAUCAGCCGCAGCCGCUCUUCCUGGCGGGCCCGGCCAAACACCACUGGAUUGGCCGACAAGCUUGCGCCACGGAGGAGCGGCUACGGCGGCUGCAUCCGCCGCCUGGAUGGUCGGCGACCCGCGUACAGCUUCCAAGCUGGCGCCGCUCGGGACGCCGUCAAGGGCUUCGACGUCGGUGA